AUGGAAGAUCUGUUGCUUCCUCCUAGAAUGUUCGCCGCCGGCGAAGAACCACUUGGUGAGCGCGUCAACACGUAUCACAAGAUAAAGAGGACCGAGUUACUAAUCAAGGCUCUUGAACCGGAAGAGUUAGUGUUUCUGAGAAAUUCUACGUUUGGCAAGAUUCUGGCGAUAGAGGAGAACCCUCCGUUUUCGGGUGCAUUUGGCCAAUACGUCGUUGUCAGACUUCUGAAAGUAAACAAAAAAUACGAGGUUUGGUUCAUCUUCUCCGGAAACCCAGUCAGAAUGUCACUCCGGGAGUUCGCUAUCGUCACCGGAUUAAACUGUCGGAAAAUUCCAGAACCAACAAAGAAGAGAAAAAAUCCUCUGAAAGAGAAGCUUUACUGGAACGAACUCCUUGGCUCGUUAAAGUUCUGCACUGUUGACACAGCCAUCGACAUGCUCAAGAAUAAGGUUGUGAAGAGCAAAGAGGCGCGCAUCAAGUUUGCUUGCCUUGCAAUUACGUCGUCGAUUCUAUUCCCGUCCUCUCACACACCCCGCAUCAGCCCUGAGCACGUCGAACUGAUUCGAGAUUUAGACGACUUCCUCGCAUUCCCGUGGGGCAGAGCCGCAUACCACACGCUUGCUACCUCUCUUAUUUCAAAAGAUGAAAUAGCAUUAUCGCAGGCGUCUGUUGCGAUCCGCGGUUACGUUGAUGCUAUUCAACUAGUUUUUCUUGCCGCCAUCCCUCAGUUGAAGGAAGAAAUCACACAGUCUGAGCGCACUGUUAUUGUGGAUUCCGAAAGCGAGAGCGACAACCCGGACGAGGAGUCAGCGUUAGAGGUUGACAACGCGGUGCCGCUAGCAGAACCUUCAGAGGCGACCAAGUAUUGUCUUAUCCCCGGGCAUGCUAAGAGCAUAGACAUCGAGUGUCAGGUCACUGUUAAGUCUAUCAUAGAUGAGCCGUACGAAGAAUGGUCUGCUGGUUUAGAUUUCUCGUGGGUCGAUGAGUCCGAAGAUCUCGCUGUAGAUAACCUAGUUCGACUGAUUGGUGAGGGUUAUUCAUUUCGUAAGGAAAUGUUCAAAGGUGGUCUUAACGCAAGUGAUCUGUCGCGUCUGCGGGGAGUGAAGAAACUCAAGGAGAAAGAACCGACGGAAAAAAACGACAAGGAUCACGCCGCGGAGGCGACAGAUGUGGAGGGUGCUGACUCUCAAACCCACAUUUUAAUAGCUAAUUUGGUUGCGUCUCAGCUACUUGACAAGUCCAGAUCUCCCGCCUCUGAGUUACGUGAUGAAAUCAGCUCACUGGAGAAGCGUAUUUAUCAAGCACUGGACGCCAAGAUAGGGAAAAUUGCCUCUUCAACUAUUCAUUCACAGCAGUUCGCUAGCCUUCAGACCACAAUCGCUGUAUUCCUACAGGACAUUGAUAAGAAGAUUGGCGAUGCUCUUGUUGGUCAAAUGAAGAUCAUGCAAGCUUCGAUACUGAACAGUGUAAAUGAACUCAUUAACCAGACCAUUACAAGCCGCCGUGUUUCUGUGGAGCAUACAGUUCCCGCUCUGUCUCCUGAGUUGCUUACACAGCAAGCCUCCACUGCCCCCCCUGUCAACGAAAAACCUCCAGCCGCGCCCGAGACUCGCACCCCAUACGAAGAUGCUGAUAUUCGCAUCAGCGAGGUGCUGCGUGAUCUGAACAUAGGACCCGACCAUUCUCUCCCUGCAAACACAGUUGAUAAUCUCGAUGCUGAGCUGGACACCGCCAACGGAGCGUCGUUGCAAACCUCAAAUGCGGCUGAGUCUCAGCUCCCGGCCGACCACAGAGUUUUGCAAGUACAGGAUUUAGUUUCAGCCAACGACACCCCUGAACAGGGAGUUUCAUCUUUCGUUGCUGAGAAUCCUGUCUCAGAAGAUCCUGAAGAUAAGGAGAUGCAUAUACCUUUUUAUCUACACGAUAUGCCGUCUUUCUCACUCGGGCUCUCGCAGGAAGAUGUCCCCGGUGCGGAUGAGACGCCCAACCCGAUUAACUACGUUUCACCACCCAAGGCACAUGAAGAAGAGGCACCGGAGCUGAGGAAGAGCAAAAGGUCUAGGAUAAUCCCUGCUGGACUUCAGGACUACAAAUGUGAUCCAAAGGUCAAUGCAGGGCAUUGCCUUCUCCCUGAUAUUGACCACCGUUUUACGCUAAUGGAGCAGAAGGUUAUGAAGGAAUCGUCCAUUAUUCUGCCUAACGGAUACUCUAUGUCAUCGGCUGAGUUCUUAGACAUUGCCUACCGCAACACCAUAUUACCGACGGGGGUCGUUGACGCCCUUAUCGGAUUUGUAUCUCGUGGCCCCGCGGUUGGUCCCAAUGUUGUCAUAUACGACACGACCCUACCAGUUGCUCUGAUGAACCACCACAAUCGGUUUGUCAAGACCGCCGUCAAAGACCGUCCGAAGCUUAAGUUCGCUGACGUCCCGCUGGAGAAACACUUGGAGAAGUCGCUGGAGAGGUUAUAUUUCCCAUUUAACAUGGACAAACAACACUGGGUUGGAGUUUGUAUCGAUACCAAAGCGUCCACUCUCCAUGUCCUUGAUUGCAACACCUCGUUCCGCAGCGACAACUCCCUGAAAAAAGAGCUAAACCCUAUUGCUACCCUUCUCCCAUACUUUCUUAAACAGUUUGGAUUUUCAGGAACCAAUGCCGGUUUCAAGGCCUUUACCGUGUCCAGAUGCAAGGGAAUACCGCAAGUAACUACUCAAACUGAGUCAGGUGUCAUGACGGUACUUUUGAUCCAAGCUCACGCUGGGGAUGGAAUUGGUGCUUGCAAGGCAAUCACUCAGCGUCUGCUUCCUGACGCAGCCAAACAAUUGGCGGUCAAAUUCUUCGAUGCCAUCUCGAUCUAA